AUGGCUUCAAAGAUUAAACCAUCAACUGCUUUAUUUCUCUCCUUCAACCUUCUCUUCUUUGCAACAGGUUCUUAUACAACAACAAAUUCCAGGAACCCUGUUGUUAUCCGUCCUGGAGACAGGUUUCCUCAGGGCCAAUACGGUACCUGUAAUCCCUUGAACCUUGGUGUGUGUCUUAAUCUGCUGGGUUGUUUGGUGAAUCUUGACCUUGGCAACGUACCAACCCAGCCAUGCUGCACUCUGAUCCACGGGUUGGCUGAUGUUGAAGUUGCUCUUUGCCUUUGCACAGCCAUCAGAGCUAAUGUUUUAGGGAUUAACCUCAACCUUCCUAUUUCAUAA